GGUGAAGCGUGCCAUACCUCAAAAAAGGCUAUAAAAUGGAUGGAAGAAAAUAAUAUACCACUUUUGAAAUGGGUUUCUAGCAGUCCAGAUCUGUCACCUAUUGAAACUUUGUGGCACGAGAUGAAAAAGGUUCUACGACAACAUCCUGCUCGAACAAUCACCGAACUGAGACAAAAGCUUCAAGAAAUAUGGGAUUGUUUUACACCAAAUUUUUGCCAAAACUUGGUGAUGUUACCCAAUGGUAAUCUUUCAAUUGUUGCUUUGUUAACUUUGCGCAUUUAUUUUUUACGACGAGAGUGUAUCUAAAAUGUUUUCGAGAAAAUCUCCGUAGAUUUAUCCGACUAUCAAUCCACAGCAUCUUCGCAGUAUUUUCCACGUCGAUUCCAAUCCUCAUUACACACAGUAUGUGGGGCUUGUUUGGACAACUUGUACACCAGCUUUAA